AUGGGUGACAAUACAAGCAUUUUUGAGGUUGGUUCACUUCCCCCACCAGAAGGUGACCCGCUGGAAUUUCCAUCCGCAGUGAUCCCCCAAGUUGCACGCACGAUGCCCUGGUUGCCUGGCAACGUGGCGUCGUAUCUGACGUCCAGUGAGCUGUGCUUGCCUGUGUUAAAAUUGAGAACGAUGCUUCGUUGGAAUGUUCUUUCGAGGUUCAUGAGUUCUCAGUCGCGAUUUGUAGCAUGUCACGUACCCACAAGCACAUCGCGUUAUUCCUACAGUGUCAUCAGCAGAAGACCAGAGAAUGAAGAUAUCCUUGGGCAAAAGCUGACCGGUGCAAAAACCGAGAUUGCUUUGCUCGGCCUCGUGGAACAACAUGUUUCUGUGAUGAACAACGAACAUCUUUUGUCUGUUUUGGAGCAGUUGCAUGCAGCUGUUAGAAGAAGCUCUGUCGAAGUGUCAAAAGAUCCGAGGUUCAAAUGUCUCUGUGACCGCAUUGUUUCACGAGCGAGGUUUUUUCAAGUUGGAGACCUGGUGAACGUGAUAAAAGCAUUGAGAGCUUUGAGGGUACCUUCAUCAAGCCCUGCUAUGACGGUGUGUCUGGACUUGCUCACCAGGCUGGUGAACGAUCUGACAUUAAACGAAAUAUGUUACGUCAACUUCUUGCUGAAAGAUUUGGAGGCUGUUCCCGCCGUGAAGGCCCUGAGAAUGGCGUUUCCGAUAGUGUUCAAACACAAACUUGAUUCCCUGGCGGUGGAAGACCCUAACCAGCUGGCAGUGUAUCUCAAGUUCUCUGUGCAAGGAAAUGUCCCCAGUGAAGUAGUUUCUUCGAUUUUGGAGAGGUUGAGGCUUGCAGAUCUGAGCACGUUAUCCCCUCAAAAUGCCUGCCAUAUCCUCAUGUCAAUGGCAGACAGUGGUCUCGAUACGGGCGGUCUCUUCAAGGCAAUUGUGAAAUUCCUAGUUGGAAUCGAGAACUCAGAAGUGAGGCCAGGCCUGCUGCUUUUGACUGCAAAAAAGCUGACUGCGGCACAUGAUGCCCGGUUUUUCGACUGGGCUUGCAAAGUGGCCAUGGUAGAGAAGUACUCCAUCAAGCAACUCGUAUUCCUCGCUGAGUCUCUGCGCUCUGUGAGCCAUCAUCAGGUUGAGUUUGCUGACUACCUCUGUGCAGAACUGGUGAAUGCCAUUUCGGAAGACGGAAAAGAGCUCGAUCUCGUCGAUGGUGCGACUGCGUUGUCAUAUUUCGCUCAGAUCAACUACAGACCGUAUCAAGUUAAAAUGUUGGGAGACUUCGUCAGAAGUAAGGCUAUUAAAGCUGCGGACGAUCCGGCAUUUCAAAGAGCAGAGGGCAUGUCAACGGCGCAGUUGGUACACUUGGCAGUGAACUUGAGGAUUCUGCAUUUGGACUUCGAAGACUUGGCAGCUGUGCUGCUGCGAGAGUCAUCAAACCUAGAGGGGAACUUGGGCCCCAGGACGCAGAUGCGUCUUCUGCUACUCCGUGCGGCUCUUGGACUCAGUGGCACGUCGUCUCCGAAAGGUUCAGGGAAGACUUUGAAGACACUUUUAGCAGCGGCUUUCGGUCAGGAUUACGUCGCCAAUGGAGUUCAGCUGGAAAAUGGACUUUGGGCAGAUCAUCUAAUAUUGCUCUCUGGAAAUGUUCCUGUGAGCUGCGGGGGAAUAAUGAAGUUGGAUGCAGCAUUGCCUGGGAUGAAGGUUUUAGUGAGUCUCAUUCCGGAGUCAGAGGUGUGCAGGAAUGUCGAGGUACUGCAAGGAGUGGCAGCGUUGAAACUAGAGUUGUUGCAGGGAGAAAACAGGGUUGUCGUGCCAGUGGUGAAAAGCAUGUUUAACAGACUAUCGCCGAAGGAACAAAUCCCGUGGUUGAUGAAUGCUGUGCUUGGUGCUGUUGAGUUAAAUGGUUGUGGUUGGUUUCAGAGGCUGGUUGGAGUUGAUGUUAAAGAAAGAAAAGGUCGGUCAGUGAGUUUCUACCUCAUUUCCUGGAGGGUAAGCUCAUUUUCCGACACAGGUUCUCAAAAUGGCGAAGAAGUGUUGCCGUGCGUGGUUUAUAUGUGGUGGUGGACAAUUUUCCUGGUUGCCGUUCGAUCUAUUAAGGGUGAAAUCCCCAACGAGAAGGAGGUAUUGGCAGAAUCAUGUGGAUGUGGCGCUGGUGUCGUCGUCGUGGUGGUGGGGGCGGGUGUAGCCGGCCGUGCGGAGUGUGCUGACACCGACCGGGUGGCCAGCGAAGCUCGUAGUCUUAGCGCUCGCGGGCUGACGCUGUUGGCAUCCCGGUCACGAGACCACGGGGUAAAAAUGGCUCCUUCCCCACCGCAGCUGAGCAGUUGGCACCGUGCCGGCCGGCGACGAGAUCGCGUUCUCGAGACCCGCGCGCGCCCCUGGCCUUUUCGCUUCGUCCCUGUGAAUGAUGCUUGCUAUAUACUCUCGUGCUGCUCAUCCGCAGGGAGAAAUUUGUGUGUUGGUGUUUUUUUCUUUCGGUUUUCCGUGGCGACGAACCGCGACGACUUUUUUUUCGUUAUGGGGAAGAUCGAAGAUGUGAAGAUGGUGAAUGAAGAUGAAGACCCUCCUGCGGAGAGGUUGCCGAUGAAGACCAACGGAGCUUCUGGUGCUGAUUCAGGUUUGGACAAAAGCGACUCCAGUGAAAGUGACGCCAGUUCUACGAAAUCUGACCCGGACUGCACGAAGACGAAGGAAGAGGAAAAGGAUUCGGAUGUGUUUUUUCUACCAGAAGUUGGUUUUACCGUCAAGAUCGAUGCCCCUGGGACCGACAAGUUUGAGAUUACUGUCAGUAGCAUGGAGCUGGUGCAAGAGAUCCACCAGUUGCUGAUGGACAGGGAAGACACGUGCCAUAGGACUUGUUUCUCCUUACAGCUUAACACCCAGACUUUGGACAACUUCGCCGAGUUGAAGUCGAUCGAAGGGUUGAAGGAAGGCUCUGUUAUCAAGGUGGUUGAAGAGCCGUACACAGUUCGUGAAGCGCGGAUUCAUGUCAGGCAUGUCCGUGACUUGUUGAAGUGCUUGGAUCCCUGUGAUGCCUACCUUGGUGUGGAGUGUACUUCGCUUUCCUUUCUGUCCACUGUGACUCAGGCUGAGAAAAAGAAGGGGAGACUGGAGAGUGUGGAUUGUACCCCACCCGAGUUUAUACUUCCUGGAGUGAAGGACCUUCCGAUUUUGCCGUUGUUGCCUGUUUGCAAGGAUUCUCGUGCUCCGCAAUGUUUGAAGGUGCUGACGACUUCCGGUUGGAACCCGCCGCCAGGACCGAGAAAACUGCAUGGGGAUUUGCUGUAUGUCUUCGUGGUGACCCUGGAGGAUAAACGAUUCCAUAUCACGGCAUCGACUCGGGGAUUUUUCGUGAACCAGUCGACUGACGACGAGUUUUGUCCGAAAGCUGCGAGUCCAAAUCAUCUGGCUCACUCUCUUAUUGAGCUCCUGCAGCAAAUAAGUCCUGGUUUCAAGCGUAACUUUGGACUUCUGCAGAAGAAGCGCACUCAGAGGCACCCGUUUGAGCGGGUUGCGACUCCUUACCAGGUUUACACUUGGGUAGCGCCACAUGUGCCACACUCGAUUGAUGCACUCCGCGCUGAAGAUGGCAAGUUCCAUCAGAAUGUUUCGUUCUCCUUUUCCUCGAAGCUCGGUUAUGAGGAGCACAUACCAGGACAAACUAGGGACUGGAAUGAAGAGCUGCAAACCACUAGGGAGCUACCAAGAAAAGCCUUGCCGGACAGACUGCUCAGGGAGAGAGCCAUCUUCAAGGUGCACAGUGACUUCGUUGGAGCGGCGACUAGGGGUGCGAUGGCAGUUGUUGAUGGGAAUGUGAUGGCCAUUAAUCCCGGCGAAGACCCGAAGAUGCACAUGUUCAUUUGGAACAACAUCUUUUUCUCACUUGGUUUUGAUGUGAGGGAUCAUUAUAGGGAGCUCGGAGGUGAUGCGGCUGCACAUGUUGCACCCGGCUGUGACUUGGUUGGAGUCAGGGUAUACAGUGCUGUUGAUGUGGAAGGGCUGUACACUUUGGGAACUGUUGUUGUUGACUAUCGCGGUUACCGGGUCACCGCGCAGUCAAUCAUCCCUGGAAUCCUCGAGAGGGAGCAGGAGCAGAGUGUCAUUUAUGGGUCCAUUGACUUCGGCAAGACUGUUGUCACCAACGACAAAUAUGUUGAACUGCUCAAGAAAGCAGCUGCCCAGUUGAAGAUACUUCCCCAUAAAGUUUUGAACAGUGCUGGGGAUGAAUUUGAACUGUUCUCAUCCGUGGAAUGCAAAGGGAUAGUGGGGAAUGACGGCAGACACUACAUUUUGGAUCUUUUGAGGACCUUUCCUGCAGACGUCAACUUCCUUGUCUUGGAAGACGAUGAACCAGACGAGUCCAUGAAAGCCAUGGGAUUUCCGAUUGAGCUGCCCCACAAGCUCGCGUCCCUGCGCCAUGAGCUGAUCGAAGCAUUUGUCGAGACGAGGUAUGUGACUUUCAUCAAGUACGCUGCAGUGCAUCUGCAGCAAUUGGGCUUGAAAAGGGAGCUGAGGGCCGAAGAGGAAGCCACGAACGAAGAGCCCGUGGAAGCAAAAGUAGAAGAGGACGAUGACGAGAAGAAAGAGACAGUGUCUGACGAGGACAAGAAGUUCGUGGAAAGCAUCACUGACGAGUUGGGAAAGCGUGACAAACCCGUUGUAGAGACUACCAAAGAGAUCGUGAGGAAGGCUGCUGAAGUAGUUGGAAGCCUGAAGCAAUUUGAGUUCGACAUACGUUUCAACCCCGACGUGUACUCCCCUGGGGUGCAGCAUGCUGACAAAGCUGCCUUGGCGAAGCAGAGGCGGUUAGUGAAAGAUGCCGCUGCGUUCUUGGUCGAGAACCAAAUUCCUGGCUUCGUGAGGGAGUGUCUGGAACACACCCUGUCGCCAUCAGAUGGGUUUACUCUCGUUGAAGCCCUGCAUAACAGGGGUAUCAAUGUCAGGUAUUUGGGGAAGAUUGCCGCGAAAUUGGCUGAAGAACCCCAGCUCAAGUAUGUGCACAAUAUUGCUGUGACUGAGAUGAUAAGCAGGUCUGCCAAGCACAUCUACGCUCCCUACAUGCAGGGAGUGGAGAUGAUGUCUCUGUCGAGUGCCAUCAGCCUGUUUCUGAAUUGUUUGCUGUCCUCGUGCCCUACCCCGCAUACACCCUACGGCGAUGAAGAAUUGCAAACCCGGAAUGCGAAAAAGCGUCGAAACCGCUUGCGCAAAAAUCAACUUUCUGAACCUGGAGCCGCUGCAUCAGACUGGGUCCAGCUCACUCCGAAGAGCCUGUGGUUGCGUCUGAAGCAGGAUAUGAAGGCCUGCUAUGCCUUCGAGCUCCAGGCUGACUCGGUGGACAGUGCUGUGGAUAAAUACGGAUUUGCCAAGGUCUCACUUCUGCGUGCCUUCUGCGUCAAGGUUGGUGUGCAGCUGCUGCUCAGAGACUACCACUUGGACAGCAGGUCCAAACAGGCUUUCCAUGAGGAGGAUAUUGUGAAUGUUUUCCCGAUUGUAAAACACAUCAAUCCUAGGGCAACUGAUGCCUUCAAUUUCUACUCCACUGGCCAAACCAAGAUUCAGCAAGGGUUCUUGAAGGAAGGCUAUGAACUCAUUUCUGAGGCUUUGAACCUUCUGAACAGUGUUUAUGGAGCCAUGCAUUCAGAAAUCGCUCAGUGCUUGAGGAUGUUGGCAAGGCUGAACUACAUCAUGGGAGACCAUGUUGAAGCACUUGCUUAUCAGCAGAAGGCUGUGAUGAUGUCUGAGAGAGUCAAUGGAGUGGAUCAUCCUUACACCAUCUCUGAAUACGCCCACAUGGCAUUGUACUGCUUUGCCAACAGCCAAGUGAGCACAGCUCUCAAACUGCUUUAUCGAGCACGAUAUUUGGCUCUCAUGGUCCAUGGUGAGAACCAUCCCGAGAUGGGACUCUUGGACAGUAACAUUGGCCUCAUUUUACACGCGGUCGGGGAGUAUGACCUCAGCCUCCGCUUCCUAGAGAAAGCCCUUGCCCUAAAUAUAGAAUACUACGGGGUGAAGAGCUUGAAAGUAGCAGUGUCUUAUCAUUUGGUAGCCCGCACCCAAAGUUGCAUGGGUGAUUUCCGGUCUGCAUUGCACAAUGAAAAAGAGACCUACGGUAUCUACAAAUCUCAGUUGGGAGAUGACCAUGAGAAGACCAGGGAAAGUUCGGAGUGCCUGCGCCAUCUUACACAGCAAGCCGUGGUGAUGCAGAAGAAGAUGAAUGAGAUGUACCAGGUGUGCGCGGUGAAGCCAACAGGGAAGGUUGAUGAGGCCAAGGUGGACAAACCUCCUGGCAACCAUUUGUCCCUGCCCCCUAUCCACAUUCAGCCUCCCACGAUGGCGUCUGUUCUUGACAUGUUGAACGUCAUCAACGGAAUAUUGUUUGUGCAAAUUAGAUUGAACCCGGCAUCGUUGGAAAAGAAGCUGGAGGAGGACGUGAGUGGUCUGAAGCCAAAGGAGCACAACAACAACCAGGUCAGCCUGCAGCAGGAGGAUCUCGCGCUGCGCUGCAAAGAGGCCAGUUGAACCCACCACCAGCGCCCCCUGCUGCUGUCUUCCCGCAAUCUCUCGUAGUGCAAUUGGCCUCCCCGGUUGUGUUCGCAUUGUCGUGGUGCUGGUUCUCAUUUCUCUCCCUUGUUUCUGCCGGCUUGCCAAGAGUCUUCCGCUCACUCAAGCAUGGGCAUUGUGUCAGGGAUCCCCUGCUCAGGGAAGUCUGCUGUUUGCCAAGUACAAAAAAACAAAAAACUUACUUUUUUCAAGGUCAAUUCCUCAGCACAGUGAACGGUGCAAUCUGCACAGGUGAACCCUAUCAGAUGUCACGGCUUUUAAAUCACGCUUGUUGAGGUUGAUAGCAGGACCAUGCUUGAGGGCGGAGUUGAUGGUUUUGGCAAGCUGGGGAGAAAUGAUUUGCUAGAUGUUUGGGGAGACCCGUUGCAGAAGGGGGGGUUGGUGCAAGAACGGUUCCUUCCGGACGCUGUGUUGUGCUCAAGCCGGCCGAAACUGCCUCGAGUAUUAGCGCAAAAUUGCUGUGGAGAGCCAUGUUUGCAUUUGGCUGAAUUUCGUAGUUGAUGCUAGUUUUUUGUUUUGUUUUUUUUGGUUCUGCCAUCUGUUCGUUUGUUUUCGUGCCACGGGUUCUUGUCCACCUUUGCUGCAAGGUUCUUCCGUAGGAAAAGAACUGUGAUUUCCGUGUAGCUGCUGUGAUUCACUCCAUGUCUCUCUGCACUUCUUUAUGUCCAAUCUUGGUGCUAAACAAAACUAGCUUACUGUGAUGCAGAUCCUUCCCAUUGACUUGAGGAGUUGAAGAGCGGGUAGGAUGCAUCGUUGGAUGGUCAGUGUGAGGGUGGUAAAGCCAGGGCAGUUCUUCGUGGCUUUCGGUGUCUAUCUCUUAUUCGAGGUAGAUUUCGCAUUAAACUGGGCGAUUUGAGCCGUGCAAUCUGAGUACUAGUGAUUCAUGGAUGGUCACUAUGAGGGGUGGGCUUCGUGUCGGAAUGCAAUCCUCUGCUUUUUUUUUUUUUUUGUGGGUCAGAAACAACUCGUACACGUACGAGCGUUCGCUUUCUUGGGUGUUUAUUUUUUCGAAACGAAUUCGGGAAGUCUCAUUUCUAUUUGCUCCUAUUCGUAUUUUCAUCUUCGUUGGACACCGAGAUAAUCUGAAUUCAUCAGGUUUCUGAACCAGCCAAAGUUCUUGGUUUUCAUACUUCGAUAAAGUUAUCCGUGGGUGGCGCUUCGGUGUUGAAAAAUUGGCUGGUUUUUUUUUUCUGAUCGGUGUUGGGUGUAGCAUUUGAAGAUUUAUCAUUGAAAGCUAGUGUACUCUUGAAGAGUUUCACGUGCAAUGUUACAAUUUACGAUGAAGACACCGAGAUGAGAUCGGAUUUAUUGCAUUGGAAGUUUGGAGGGGGAAAGUUGUCAUCCAUGGGUUCUUUUCUGUUGUUUUUGUUUUUCUUUCGUUGCGGGGAGCGUGCAAUGUCGGUAGUUUGUUGGGUGCGUUGGAGAAGACAGUGGCAGACGUGGCAAAGGUGGACUAAGAGCCCAAGGAAGGUGAACAAGAAGAGUUUUUUGUACAGUGCAAUAAGGAGUGUUUGUAGUCGUUUUUGUGCAAUGGCUGAGUUCCACCUCAAUCCCCUCGUCAAGAAAUCUAGGAUCUUGGUUUAGAGCGGGACUGUCCUGCUAUUCCUUUCCAUCCGGGAGUCGGAUCUCUUAGUGCAAUAUGGCUAAAGGAAAAAAAAAGCCGGCUUUUCUGUGCAAUGGCGGGCAUCUUUUUUUUUUUUCUGUGCAAUCGGCGUCCGUUUGUUUAGUCUUGCGUUGUCAUUCCAGGGGAGCUGAGAAGUGGCAACUGGGCAGAGGGGAAGGUGGAGGCGUGUAGGGUUUUCCGCGCGGGUUUUCGGCUUAGUUGACAGGAUCCAUGCGGGAAAUUGUGAGAAAGUUUCCAAGUUGAUGGUCAAUUAAACUUGAAUGACAUUCAAAAUCAA